AUUUAUAAAUGUUUAUUUAAUAAUUCUAAACGGAAUCAUGAGUACACCAAGUACCUUUAAUGCUGCAAAAAAAAUUUUGAUUCGUGGAGUAGAAUUGGAUACCAAGAAACGAUAUACAGAGGCACUAAUAUGCUAUCAAGAGGGCUUGCAAAUUUUAGUGGACAAAAUGAAAGAAGAGGUAGAUGACAAAGAGAGAGCAUACCUCAGAGAUAAGGUAGAGGAGUACAUGAAGAGAGCUGAGACCAUUAAAAAGCUGGUGCUACAGCAAAAAGAAGCCGGCAAGUUCCAUGAGCAGCUGCGGAUAGAGGACAACUCCACCGGACACAGCUACAAGUCCUUGUUUGGGAGGUUUCUCGAUGAUGAUGUGGAGUUUGUUGUUGUUGAAGACCCUUAUAUUAGAGCUUUCCAUCAGUGUCAAAAUUUCCUCCGCCUGUGUGAGCUGCUGGUACGCUCGUGUAGCAACCUCAGUCACAUCCAGCUAGUGACGUCACAGGACCCUAAGUCUGAGCAGUCUAGGAGAGAGCAGGGGGCUGGGCUGCGGAGUCUUACGGAAGAUCUGCUCAAAUACAAAAUUAGGUUCACAGUGCAGUAUUCUGAGACACUGCAUGAUAGGCAAAUUACAUUAAGUUCAGGGUGGAUAAUCAAGAUUGGGCGAGGCUUAGACUUCUUCAAACCUCCUGAGAACAAGUUCUGUCUCGGUGUGUAUGACAUGGAUCUACGGAAAUGUCACGAGACCACUGUGGACAUAGUACAUUCGAAAAAUGUGAAGCAAUCUUAUGGAUGAAAAAUAGAUCUGAUUACGUAA